AUGAAUUUUGUCUUGCAUGAUCAUGAAAAAUUUAGCAAUCAUCAUAUUGAUUAUAAUGAAGCUAACACCUUUAUUGAGAAAUUGGAAGCAACUGAGCUAACUGAUUUGGGCUACAUUGAAUGUCCUUUCACAUGGACUAACAGAAGAACUGGUGAUCAGUUAACAGAAAAAAGACUAGACAGAGGCCUUGCUACUGAAAGUUGGUUUGAAAUCCACCAUAAUUCUACCAUUUCAAACCUCCCAACCAUUGGUUCUGAUCACAACCCAAUCAUUCUUAAUACCAAUUCUUUUUGGAAACAAGGUCAUAUACCCUUUAAAUUUUUUGGAUCCUGGCUGGAUCAUAAAGAUUGCAAAGAGAUUAUAGCUGAAUGUUGGAAGAAUGAACAAAAAGGAUCCCUUGCUAUCAAAAUAGCUAGGAAGCUUAGAGAUGUUAAAAUCAAAUUAAAGAAAUGGAACAAAGAAAUAUAUGGCAAUAUCAAGACUAACUUAGAAGAUAGUAUUAAACAUUUGGAAUGGAUUACAAAGAACAUCUUCAACAGCACCAUAGGUCAAGCUAUUAGAGAGGCCAAGAAAAAGGUGGAACAUUGGCAAGAUAUUCAAGAAAAGUUCUGGAAGACUAAAAGCAGAGAUCAGCUCAUCAAACUUGGAGACAAAAACACCAGUUUUUUCCAUAUUUCUGCCAAGAAAAGAUACAGGAGAAACAAAAUUGUAUCCAUUCAGAAUGAAGAGGGCACCUGGCUUCACAACAUCAAUGAAAUUCACCUUUUUUUCAAUAACCAUUUCUCCAAUAUGGCUACAGCUGAACUUAUCACCAUCAAUCAAUCCCUUAUAGAACUUAUACCUACUACUAUCACCAACAAUGAGAACAUCCACCUUCUCAGGACUCAUGAUGCUUGGGAAAUCAAAAACACUCUCUUCAGCAUGGCAGGUGACAAAGCCCCAGGCCCUAAUGGAUUUCUACCAAAUUUUUUCCAAGCUAAACGGGAGGUUGUUGGUUCAGACAUCAUCAACAUGGUUCAAAAUUUUUUCACUUCUGGAUUCAUUCUUAAAGAAAUGAACUCAACUUUCAUUUCCCUCAUACCUAAAAUUGAAAUUCUACCAUCCCAGCUCACUUCAUGCCUAUUUCUUUAUGCAAUACCACCUAUAAAAUCAUAUCCAAACUUCUUGCUCAAAGACUCAAACCUCUCCUUCCAAAACUUAUUUCACCCUUUCAGUCUGCUUUCAUCCAUGGAAGACAAAUAUCUGACAAUAUUGUCAUUUCCCAUGAGAUUAUACAUCAUAUGA